AUGAACACUCUUGAGACCCUAGAGCAGGCCCUUAAGCAGGCAGCAGCCUCGACCCCGAAGAAACAGCAGUUGUCUGACGCACAGUACAGCGCUGGCUUUGAUAUUUUGGUGCGAGACUCAGGAUGGUUGACAUACCAAGAUUUCGUCAUUCCUCAACUGUCUCAGUUGCUAACCCCCCUAGCCAAUUCGGAUAAUAUCUCGGUACUAGAAAUCGGACCUGGUCCGAAGAGCGUACUUGGAUAUCUUCCCAGCUAUCUGAGAGAGAAAGUCAAGAGAUACACGGUAUUCGAACCUAACGACCUGUUUGCUACAAGGUUGACAGAAUGGAUUGGCUCAGAGUCUCCCCUGCCCCGUCUAGAAAGGCUGCCCAACAUUCAUAGAACUCAUUUCAUUCUGGAGGAAAACAUAAAUAGUGGCACCAAUGGCUAUGGAAAAUGCAGCGAGAGAUACGACAUUAUUCUACUCUGCCACAGCAUGUACGGCAUGAAGCCCAAAUGUGGAUUCAUCGAUCAAGCUCUGAAAAUGCUUGUUGAGCCGCCACAACAAGGAAUGGUGGUGGUUUUCCAUCGCGACGGGGUCCUGCACCUCGACGCUUCAUUCCCUGCCGGAGUCGUUCGAGUGGCAGACGAUGAUGAGUCACUAGACUGUUUUGCACCUUUCAUCGCGGGGUAUGUCAUGCAGGAUGUGAGUGCAGACAAGGCUAUUCGGGGCGAAUGGCGUAAGCUGUGCCGCAACUUGGGCAGUCGAGAAGAAGCCCACCCAGACCAUCUCUUGUUCAGCGCGCUCGACGUAAUGCUGGCAUUUGCCCAAAACGCAACGAGAUUGCCAGAGCUGACAGCGCAGGUGCCAUUAGUACAGGGAGAGAGGACGGUGAAAAACCGAGAGGCUCGCAUCUUUCGACCCACCGCAAUUUUUCGACCAACAGAAGUCCGACACAUCCAGCAAUGUGUUCAAUGGGCACUGAAGCAUGAAGUCGGCCUGACCGUCCUCGGCGGGGGUCAUAGUGGCCACUGUCUCCGGUCAAAUGUUGUCUCGGUCGACAUGUGCGCCUUUAGCCAAGUACACAAUCUGUCGGCGGGAUGGGAUGGAAGAGAUUCUGGUUCAUUGGCCGUCGUCGAGGCCGGCUGCAACACGAGGGAUAUCGUGCGUGAGACCAUGUCGGCUGGCAUGACAGUCCCCCUAGGGUCUCGUCCCAGUGUAGGUGCCGGGUUAUAUCUACAAGGGGGCAUUGGACACCUAGCUAGGCUGCACGGGCUCGCGUGCGACGCCAUUGUCGGUGCCGUUGUGGUUAGUGUUGACUCCGGCCAGGUUCUUUAUGUCGGCUGUGUACCAAGUCAAUACCGCCCAGCUGGUGCUAUCCGCGCUAAAAACGAAUCUGAUCUGUUAUGGGCAUUGAAAGGCGCCGGGACCAAUUUUGGUAUCGUCGUCAGCGUGUCUUUCAAAACUUACCCGGCUCGGACCUACCUGACUCGAAACUGGGUUUUCUCGCCGAAUAACAACCUCGAGGCGCAGCUCAGGCUCAGCAAAUUUGAUGAAAUCGCCAAGAAGCUCCCGCUGGAUUGUUCUGCAGAUGCAUACCUGUACUGGGAUGCCGACCAGCUGCAUCUUGGGGUGACCAUGAUCGACUCUUCCGCGACAUCCACGCCUAUGCCAGAGCCCGUAAGUGACGAUUUAGGUCCAGAAAACAAUUCCAAGGUUGUGGACGGAGUCGGUUUGUUCGAGACCGAGAUGUACAUGUCUGGGAUGCACGGUGGGCAUGGCGGCUGUAAAACCUCCUCGUUCAAGCGCUGUUUAUUCCUAAAAGACAUAGGAAAAGCAAAUGUCGCUCAGCAUUUGAUAAAGGCCAUUGGGACUCGUCCCUCACUACUCUGCUAUCUCCAUUUGCUGCAAGCCUGGGACUUUGCCUGUGUGAUAACCGGUAUCUGGCCCCGCGACCAAGAUGGCACAUGGAUCGUACAGGCAGUCGUCCAGUGGGUUUAUAAUGUUGCCGAAGACUUGCUGCCCUUGAGUAGUGGAGUUUACGGCGCUGACCUUGGGCCAGACCCCAGAGACUCAGCGCUGGCUGCUAGGGCUUUUGGACGGAAUCAGCUACGUCUGGCCAAUCUCAAACACAGCUUGGAACCCCAUAAUGGGAAAGCUGUGCUGGCAAGGACUAUUCUGCCGACGUCUGGGUCUCCGAGUUUCAUUGGAUACCCCCAAAAGAACCUCACGGCACGUGUAGUUAGCAUCAGCGAUGCGACCAAGAGAGAAUACGCCGCGGCUACUGGUGCUGACCUAAGACUCCUGCUUUGGGACCGUGCUUACAAGGAGAAACAUCGGCCAGCGUUGACCAAGUUUUUCAAGGAACGAGAGCGACAAUACCCUCAGAUACUAGAGGAACAUUUUCGGGAUGUGGUGUACGGCGCUUUAGAUGUGGAUGUUCUGUUAAUUACCGGAAUGAGAGAUGAGGCGCCAGUUGCAAAGUUUUCGCCUUUAGUGCCAGAUAUAAGGGUAAUUGAGGUUUACGUCCAAGCCAGUGAGCAGACACAGUGGAGUCGCCGAGGCAAUGACAACACGGACAGCAACAAUAGCAGGUCGGAUAUAACGACCUUGGAAUACUGCCCUAGCCUCAUAUUUGACAAUAGCAUGACUGGAAAUGAGGCGACAAAAAGCUUUGCUAAAGAAUACCUCCUUCCCUUCUUUCAUGAGAACCUGCAGCAACUGAGUAACAUGGUCCCCCAGAUACCCGAUUUCCCACACCCAGGCACCAAUUUUCGCCAUGUGCUCAACAUCACUCAACACGCAAAUGGCCUCGCCCUAUGCACGGCUCUGCUGCAUACCCAAUUCACCGAUGACUGGGCCAAAGUCGACGCGGUGGUAAGUUGCGAGGCUGGCGGUUUUUUGUUUGCGUCGCCGUUGGCCUGUCAGCCUGGUGUGCCCCCCUUAGUGCUGAUUCGUGAAGCCGGCAAGCUCCCCCGUCCAACAGUUUCCGUAGCAAAGCCUCGUUCGUAUAUAUCCUCUGUAUCCAACAAUUUGAGAGAGGAGAAGCGGAUCGAGAUGGGGCGGGAUGUGCUCCCCAAGGGCGCGCGGGUGGUGGUAGUGGAUGAUGUGCUUUCCACAGGGAAUACGCUUUGUGCGGUCCUGCAAUCAUUGACUAAAGCAGGUAUUGACACUGAGAAUGUCCGAGUUAUGGUCGUGGCCGAGUUCCCUCUUCACCGUGGCCGGGAACUGUUGCGCACACAUGGGUUUGGUAGGAUCAAUGUUCAAAGCCUUUUGGUCUUUGGCGGUGCUUAA